AUGACCGCCCAGCCAGGCAAGAAUCACCCACCGUCGGCCCUUUACGCAUCAACAAACGGGACUCGUCAUCUCCAGCAUCCGCCGCGGGAUCCAGCCCCCCCACCAAACGCCCCGCUACCCUAUCCGGAUGACCGUCAACGUCCGCAGAUGCGCACCUCAAGUUCAAACGACCGCUAUCACGACAACAUUAGAUAUGGUUCUCCGCCAGCUGGUCCUGGCUCCGGCUCCGUGAGUCCAAAUGAAUACCCAACAGCGCUCCGGCCGCGGGACGGCCGUGAGCCCCGAGUCGCAACAUUGGCCGAACGAAGAGGUGCAGCCCCUAAGCCACUGCCCGAAUCUCCCAGCUACGAUGCGCCAGAUCGCGAGGCCUUAGCUGCCAGACCAUACCCUCGACCCCCGGCCAGUCAACCACCUGGGCCACCAGAGCCACCAGCAAACACAAAUCAAUACGAUUACCGUCAACAAUACUACCCGCCGCCUCAACGCCAAAGCUCCACGUCUGCAGCCCGGCCCCCAUCCAGUCUACAGCCCCCACAAGGCCCGCUCAAUCGCAUCAGUUCCACCUCCACAACCCGCGCCCAGCGUGGCUCGCCCCCGCCACCAGAGACUCCUGUCGUUGGACCAGGUCAGCAGCCAGGCUCGGACAUAGAGGCCCGCUAUGCCGCUGCGGGAAUCGCAGGUACCGGGACCUUGCAGGGCAUCCAGUCGCAUAACGUGGCUGCGCAGAGACGGGCAGAACAGUACUCCGGACAGCAGCCGACUUUCCCAUCGCAGCAGCAGCCGCGCCCGUGGACUCCUACUGAGCAGCCCGGCUCGCAGCCCCAUGGCCCUCCUACGGUUUAUCAGGGUGAUGAGGUCGUCUCUGAUAAUAAUCAGCCCGCUGCUGUGCAUCCUGGUCAAUACGGUAGUCCGCCGCCGCAGAUUCCCGGGUCCUAUGGCACCCCGCCGCCACAAGUUCAUCCGGGUCAAUAUAGUAGUCCGCCGCCCCAGGCUCAUCCGGGCCAAUAUAGCAGCCCGCCACCCCAGGCUCACCCUAGCCAGUACAAUGGAUCUCCAUCCCAAUCGCACCCUGCAGCUGGGCUACCGCAGCAGCUGCUGCAACAACAACAACCAGGACGAAUUCCCCCUAACGCUCUGGAACAAGAUAUGGACCGGAUGCGCCUCAGCUCCUCUCCUCCUCCCGCCUACUCAAGUGUAUCUGGCCCUUCUGCUUCAAAUGGUUACCCCAAUGAGAAGCAAAGCGGUCCUGCGGCGGCGGCAGCAACAGGAGCAGCAGUUGGAGCUGGAGCCGCCAUGAUGCACCCGGCCUUAGCAAACCAACCCAAUCCUGUUACAAAAACAUCUUCCCCUGUACCUGCAGUCUCGCCGCAGGACCAUCCCGCUUUUGCGAAUGAUCAGAGACAGCAACAGCAAACAGGGCAAUCCCCACAGGCGUCUGUUGCUAACGACCUGUCCGGUUUCCAUCAUCAGACAGUCCAGGUGACUUCUCCGGGGCCCUCUGCCGCAGGUCCAGCGUCUCCACCACCUCUUCCGGAGGGAUGGAUUGCGCACAUGGAUCCAAGCUCCGGACAGUAUUACUACAUCCAUUUGCCCACGCAGUCGACUCAGUGGGAGUUCCCGAAGGGACCUACACCGCUUAAUCUCAACGACACACCCUUGUCCCCAGUGGGAAGUGUGUAUAGCGCCCAUCCGCUAGUUUCCCCGGGUCUGUCAGCUUUCGGGAAGCCUUUAGCGUCACCCGGUGUGCCUUUGACCCCUGGUUUCGAAAGUUUACAGUCUCCAAUGGUGACUGGAUUCACUGGGCCACCCCCGAGUAGCGGCGUGGAUCUGUACAAGAACACUCCAACUAACGGUGUCUACUUUGGCCCUUAUCUGCGUUACACCAACAUGGAUAUCGAGCGUGGAAUCUGGUUAGGAUCUAUCCUGCUUGUGACGGAUGCCGCACAGCCGCCCACGAUUCACAUGCACCAAAGUCUAGACCUAUCUCCAAACCCAAGACAAUUGAAGGCAGUCAACAUCGCCGCCCAUCAACGCUGGACAUUCUACAAGUAUGAGGUUGAUCUUCAGAUGGACGAUGCGGGUCCAGCAAAAUGGACCUACGCCAUCACCUCCCACCUUGGCUGCACUCGCUACGAGUUUCUCGUCGCUGGUCGACACGAAACCAAUUGGCGGUUUAUUGCUACCUCUGGAAAUGACUUCUCGCUCAAUGUCAAUGCUGGUGAGCGGGCUCGUUUGGGUGGUGUCGGUUACAUGUGGAAGGAUAUCAUGCAAAAGCACAAUGAAAUCGGAGGCUUCCACGCCCAGUUAUGCCUGGGUGGUCAGAUCUAUGCGGAUCGCAUGUGGAAAGAGAUUCCUUCUCUCAAGCAAUGGUUGACUAUCAGCGGAAAAGAAGCUAGAAAGAACGCUCCUUGGACAGCGGCUAACCAGCAGGAUGUUUCUCACGCAUACUUCCAUUACUAUACCAGCCACUUUGAUCAACCCCACAUAAGGGAGUCAUUUGCGCAGAUUCCUUAUGUCUGCCAGAUUGAUGAUCAUGAUAUCUUCGAUGGAUUUGGCUCGUAUCCUGAGCACAUGCAAUUCUCGAACAUGUUCAAGAACAUCGGCCGCAUCGGCAUCGAGAUGUACCUCCUCUUCCAGCAUCACACAACCCUCGACAUCCUCCGUAACGUCAGCAACGAUAUGGACCUCUUCACUAUAACCGGCACAGGCUGGCACUUUGUUAAAUACCUAGGUCCCGGCGUCGUGGUCGUCGGUCCAGAUUGCCGCUCAGAAAGAAACCCACACCAAGUCAUGGCCGGUCCCACGUACCAGGGUCUCUUCCCGAAGAUUGCAAUGCUACCACCCAGUGUGCAACACUGUCUCUGGAUGGUCUCCGUGCCACUCAUCUAUCCCCGCCUAGAGACGGCAGAACACAUCGUCCAGACCGUCGCAACAGGAAAGCGAGCCGUGACCGGCGCGUACAAUGUGCUGGGCAAGGUAACGAGCUCGGUAGCCGGGGUGGUCGGCGCCAAAGACUUUGUCGGCUCAGGCUUCGACUCGGUGAAGCGAGCCGUCGGCAAAUCCGGGCUGAUGGGCGGUAUACUGAGUCCAUUUGGCGAGUUCAACUCCAUGGACGAGCUACGCGAUCAAUGGACGCACGAGUCGAAGGAUCUCGAACGCACAUAUCUCAUCCGCACACUCCAAGGCAUCGCACACCAAAAAUCAAUCCGCAUGACCUUCCUCUCCGGCGCCGUCAACGUCUGCGGCGCAGGUCUCGUCCACGACCCCUCAAACCCCUCAGACCACAAGACAAUGUACCAACUCAUCGCCUCCUCCGUCGUCAACACCCCGCCCCCAUCAUAUAUCAUCAAACUCCUCCACAGCCACAGCAAGCCGCUCUACGUCCCCGCCAACGGCCACAGAUCCUCGGGCCAGGUGAGCGAUACAAAGGAAGAUAUGAUGGAAAUCUUCCAGACAGACGUCAACGGCCAGGCCCGUGAAUACCGCAAGCUCAUGGCGCGUCGGAACUACGUCGCUAUUGUCGCGUAUGACCCUGAGUCGGUUAAUCCUUCCUAUGGCCAUGUGACGCCUGGUGGGGUUAGUAAAUUGAGUCUUGCGGCGGACUUUAUGGUUCAGGGCGAUGGGGCUCUUGGAAAUGUGGUUAAAUUCGGGCCUGUUAUUGUGCCGAGUUUGGAUCAUGGUCGGUGA